UAGUUGUUGAUAAACUACUUAAGAAAAGUAAUAUAGAACGCAUUUCUUACUGGCUGGUUGUAUUCAAAAUUUAAAAUAAGAAUUCCUCUCAAUUGUGAUUUCAAAAGUGAGAAGAUAUUUCAAAACGCUUCAUUGUAGAAUGUAUGUGAUUUUUAAAUAAAUAUUUUGUGCCAGUACUUCGACAUAAGUGUAUUUUGGAAGAUGCGAAUAUAUUUCGUACUGUUUACAAUAAGCCAUCUGUAUCAAUUGGCCGUUCUAGAAGAUUCUAGUACUUUAGAAGACGAGAUGAGAACAAAAAGGCAGAUCAACAGUUUGCCGCUUGUAUAUCCAUACGGAGCUACUUAUAAGUUUAUCGUCGGUUUUGGCUGCCCAGUGCCGACGAAGGAGAAGCUCGGCCUGUCGUUCGCUGCCAAUUUCCAGUACCAAUACUCACAGUUCACAAAUAUAACGCAGUUGUCACAGUACUACGUUUUUAAUCAGAUUUCAAGAGAACAGCGAGAAGCAGACUGGGCCGCCAGGAGAGAUGAGAGAUUGACAUUUUACACGGCCGUUGCAGACUUGCUGAAUACCAAAGGCUUCAAUGGACAAGAAUGCGUGUUACGCGCUAUAUGCGAGGCGGCGCAGUACCCGGUCGAAGAAGAGGGCUUAGUCGGGGAGCUCAUACACAUUUUGCUCACGCCAGAUUAUGGACAUACCCCGUUUGAUAACGAUGAUCCAGCUUGGGUAGAGGCCAUGUCAGUGUAUAACGACGCGGCUACCGCGGGCAGGCAGAUGUUCAGCUGUUCAUACAUCUACAGCGGUUGCCCUGAGGGUCAGGGGGUCAUGGAACUGAUAUCUGUGCUGAGAGAUGAGUAGAUGACGUUUGGGGGGAAAAAUAUAUCGAAGUCUAUGUUCUUUUUAUAAAAUUGUACGCAUCUUGU